GAGCACGGGUAGUCAGUUGAUUUUAGUACACUGCUCCGUAAAGACAUCCCGUUGUCGUCGUCGACGUUAUCGCUAUCGUUCCGCGUUUUGCGUGUGUGUCUCCCCCGGGGACUCAUUAUCCGUGUCGGUUUUUGUCUGCACCUCGAUCCUCGUGUUCUUAGAGUGUGUAGGGAUCACCUGUGUAUACAUACGCAGACGGUUAACCCUUCCACAACUGUCGAACGUCGACGUUUCCUUAUUGUAAACCCGCGCGAACUUCUCGUUCCCCGACCAACCAACGCGGCCACACCUCCAACGAAAGAACGGCAGUGCUGCGGUGCAUAAUUGCUGCGAUCGAUUGUCGUGGGUCAGUUCCAGAGCUGUCGGUAGCAAGCAAACAGGAAGUGUCAUCAUCUACCUAGCAGAAUCGGUACCGUGCGGACUUGUGGAACAACUCGUGUCAAAAGUCAAUCGCCUCCGAUCGACGACGUUCUUCGAUUGCCGCCCACUGACUGGCCAAAGAAAAAAGCUGCGGUUUGGGUGGAAAAUUCGCAAGAAAGCUUCCAACAAGGAUAUUGCUAGAAGAGCUGCUGCUAGUUAACCCGUUCGGUAUUCGGCCCGAAUUUCUGGAAAGUGAAAAUCGAUUUCUGGUCGAUGGUUCUGUGCAAUUGCCUAUAAACAAGUGUCUGGUAGCUAGGGUGUGUAAGCUCUGUGAAACAUUUCGGUUCCAGUGGAAAAUUCGCAGCCCUGAAGAUAAAGGCGGAAGACUCGAGUGUGGAAUUUGUGGUGGUUUAGCGAUUUUGGGAAAGUGUUUGGGAAUCUAUCCUUGAAAGCAAGAAGCAUAAGUGCAGUGGAAAAAGCCUUCCCCCCACAAGUGAAAUCAUCCUUAUCGUGGAGAAGUGAAUGAGAGAAGCUGACGUCGUCAGAUUUCGAGUGAGGCCGUAAGAAAUAAUUAUUAUUAUUGUCUUUAUUUAAGAGAUUUUCAGCCCUAGGCUGGUUCAUCUCGAAACGUAAGAAAUAAAUUGUUGGCAGUGUUUAGAAUAACUAGACGUCGACAUCGCUUGUGCUUGUGACGAGAAGGAGUCUACAUUGUUAAGUGAAUUGUGUCAAGAGGAAUGCUGUUGUGGCUGUAGAACACAGAGAGUGAGAGAAGCAGUCGUCUACACCCGGACUUCGAGCCUAUAUCAGCAAGUAAGCGUCUCACUUUUGGAAUAAAAUUGACCAACAAUCUACAGAUCUGAACGAUCAGAUUAUUAAUAAAGUGAAAUAUUGUUGAUCCAGCUGAGCUUAAGUGUCGCGUCGGACAAUUGAACCUACUCGUAGAUUUAGAUUUUGAACACGCCAAAUAAAAAACAGUAAAAAAAAGUCCGCCGGAGCUGACGACAAAUUAUCCCCAGUGAAACCGACUCGAGGAAUCGUGUGCAUCUUCUGUUGCUGUUGCUGACACAGCGCAUAGUCGCCAUCAAAAUCAAAAUGAUUGAUCUCGUUUAGGAAAACAAAAAACCUGUGUUGAUAUUAUUUAAUUCAUACUAGUGCGUAGUUUGGAGGGACGGAAGUAGCUUCUCAACUAGACGACGAAGCGAAAGAUUUUUCGCUAGGAAACAAAUUUUUCCGGUCAAAAGAAAACACCCUUACACACACAUUCAAAAUGGUGGACUACUAUAAAGUGCUGGAAGUAACCCGGACCGCCACCGAGGGAGAAAUCAAAAAAGCAUACAAAAAAUUAGCGCUACGAUGGCACCCGGACAAGAAUCCAGACAAUGCAGAUGAAUCCAACAGACGAUUCCGGGAGAUCUCAGAAGCUUACGAAGUUCUAUCAGAUGCCUACAAACGACACAUAUACGACACCCGAGGUUCGCGGAAGAGCGCCACCACCGGAGACCGUUACGCCUCUGGUGGCGGCAUGCGUGACAGCAGCAACUAUACCGCCUAUACCAAUCGGGACUACAGCAGUGGCAAAUACGGGGGCCACUUCGAUCAUUGGUCCUACGGAGGGCGACACGGCAGCGGUGGAACACGGUCCCAUGGGGGGUCCGGGGGUCGCGAAAACAGCCGUACGUUUUCGUUUCGGGGAUUCUUCGAGACGACGCCGUUUUUCCGCUUCUUUGAGAAAAAGCGUCGCAUCUACGACCAGUACGGCAAGGAAGGUUUGAUAAACAACGGUGCUGACCGAUACCACCAGAGCAGCCGACAUCGGCGACACAACGGCGGUGGCAUCCACGACGAGUUCGAUAUCUUCGGAGGAUUCCCGUUCACAUUCCGUGACCCGGAGGAGGUGUUCCGAGAGUUCUUCGGUGGAUCGCCGUUUGAGGAGAUUUUCAGGGUGACGUCCCAUCACCAUAACGGACGCCGGGCCAACGGUGCCACCAACGGACAGCGACAUUCCCACCCGCAGAAUGUGAUCAGCUCGCCCUUCAUGUCCCCGUUCAUGAGCUUUAACCUGAUGGACGAUUUCUUCAACGCAGACCCCAUGGGACACCGAGGUGGCGGUGGGUUCACCUCGAUAUCGGAGUUCAGCGUCGGGAGCGGACCGGUGAAGCGAACGUCCACCUCUACCACCUUCGUGAACGGCAAGAAGCUGAUGACUAAAAAGGUGUACGAGAACGGUACUGAGACGAUAAUGUCCUAUGAGAACGAUGUACUGAAGUCAAAGACUGUAAACGGAGUCGCUCAAGCUAUAUCCAGUUAUAACCACUAGGAUCGCUGCAGCUUUAGCUAUUACUGCAAAUUACUAAUACUAUUACUAGUACUGCUAGCACUACCUAUUACAUCAAUUUUGUUCGAGUAGGAAAGAGUCAAGCAGGGCGAUCGUGCGGAUAAAAAAACCCAACUAGCAUUAAUUGAUAAUAACACCCCCCCUUAUACAUAUAUACAACAAACAACAACUAGUAGACCUAGUGACUAGCGAUUUACAAACCAAACUGCGUCGUCCCAGAACUGGAUCAAAUACCACAAUGUGUUAAAAGCAAACCGGCAGACAGUUUUUGCUUUAGGAGGUGGAUCCUAGAUUCGAGUUCCAUGGUUUGUCAUUUCUAUUAUUUUUUUUUAAAUAAUUUUUCGUGUAUAGAUUGAAACGUUUGGACUUGAUGCUCCUGAAAGUCUGCCAUGAUACCAAAUUUUGCUGCAGCGAAAAUUUGCGACAUACCUAAUUGUACGAGGGAUAACAAAAUGAUGAUUACCCAAAAACGCUUAAAAUUAGUUUACCACAAUCCAGCUCACUUACGAACACGCCGAAGAAAAAUUCAAUGUUACAUCCAUAUCCAUACCACACUUUCACUUGACAUCCAAAAAUAUACAAUCAAACUGAGGAACAUGAAAAAAGCGGAAUGGUUUAUUUGCUGUGUAAAAUAUUCGUGAACCAGAGAUAAGCCGAUGUCUCCAUAUAGCUUUAGACACUAUUCGUUAAUAACCGAACAAUAUAAGAGGACAAAAAAUGCUAUAAAAUUGGGCACUUUAACUAUCAUAGCAACACUUACAUCCAACACUUAAAUAACCACUUGCAAUUGUAUGUUCAGAUCGAAUUUAAUAAGGGUUCUGAAGAGGAUAACGAACGAGCAAGGGCAAAGCUAAUAUAAUUCCGUAAAACGUAUUAGAGAACAAACAUAUUUUUGUACAACACAAUUCGUCAAAUCAAAAGCAAAAAUCAACAUUAGAUUAUACAAAAAAAACUGAGCAAAAAUAGUGUCACUUUAUAUUCCCAGCACUUUGUGAAGGUUUCUCAUUUUUUGUCCUCAAGUUUCGGUUCCGUUUGGAAAUUCAACGCAAUACAACGCGGAAAUGGUUUGUUUUCGAUAUGGACCAAGCGCGUGUUCUUGUAAAAUACCCCAUUAAAACCUAUAAGCUGCACAGCAAAACUGACUUCUAGUAUUUUGUUUUUUGUUUCUGUACCAUAUAAGUUUAACCAUUACAAGUUGCUAACGUAGAACAAUUACCCUAACUACGGUUUCUCAGUUGGAAAAGAAUGCGAACUUUUGUUCACUUUUGUAAAAUAUCACCACAAACCGUUUAUGCAAAUUUAUCAACCUAUAUGUGAUGGCCACUGGGUGACGAAAAAGGAAUCCAUCAGCCUAGCUGGGGAUGAAUCACCACCUGCGGAUAUUUAAGGACACACCCUCUUCGAUCGGGCGCGCUUGAAUGUUUUUCAUUUUACGAAUUACAUUUCGAUCGACUCAGCUGUUAAUAUGCCAACAACGCGUCGGAGGUUCAACUCUCCCAAAAUUGCCAUUCGGAGAAGCGUCUGAAUCGAGUUGCGCAGCGUGGAAAAUGUGAAAAUUGAACAAUUAGUAAUAUUAGUACGUAAGAGCACCUUUCUGUUUUUUUUUCUUUUGUUUAAUUAGUUCAACUUAUUUGUUCGAGUACUUUUUGGUGGAUUGACGGGAAAGUGAAGGAAUAUGAGAGCGAGCUUUGUGGGGUUUUACGCCAUUACAUGUAGGGAAGUACGAUGUUCAUUUCUUGUUAAGUAAUAAUAAUCUAGCUAUUAUAAUAUACAAAACUGAAGGCAGAAGAAAAAAGAAGGGAAAACAAAAAUUAAAAACAGACACAAUUUAUCACUGUAAGGAUUAAUAAAGUAACCGAAACACGAAAAAGUCAAAAUAAAAAGGAAAACGAAAAUGUAUAAUCAAAUUUGAAUAUAUGGUAACAUUUUUGUAGCGUGAUAAUAACCAAUUGGAAACACAAACCCGUAACAACACUGUAACAAUAGAUAUAUAAAGGAAGCAAAA